AUGAACGAUGUUGGUAUCCAAACGAGUGAUGGAUGUGUUUUUAAGGUACACCGAAAUAAACUUUCCCAGCAAAGUAAAUACUUCCUGAAGCUAUUCGAAUGGAAUAAGCAACAAGAGAUUAUUCUUAUACCAGGGAUUUGUGGAGAAGCAAUGAGCCUCAUAAUCAACUACAUGUAUACUGGAAAAAUGCCGCUCACGGCUGAAAAUGUCCUCCAGAUCCUCAUUGCUGCUGAUUAUUUUCUUCUGGAAGAAUUAGUUCAGUACUGUCGACGAUUCGUUGCUUUUUCUCUAACAGUAAAGAACUGCGUAUCUGCAUACAGAGUGGCUUUGUUAAUCGAGAGAUUGAAAAUCGAAAAGAUUUGUUUUCGCUUCAUUCAAGUGCAUUUUGAAGAGAUUGUGCUGGAGGAAAUUGAAAGUUUGACCAAUCUUCCGAUGGAGGUACUGACAUUGCUAAUAAAAGAGGCAUGCUUGAAUGUGACAAAUGAAGAAAUUUUGUGGGGAGUAGUCACUCAAUGGAUAAAGAAAGAUUUGACGAUCCGACUGCGCUGCUUGCCACAUAUAUGGCUGCAUGUAUUCUUGGACUUCUCUGAACAAUCUAAACAAGAUCUACAAGCUGAUUUUAAUUUCUUAAAUCUUUCCCAAGAUCCUAUGGUUCUGGAAUGCUCUUUUGAUUUUGUUAAAAAUGAAAUGGUUGAAACUCUAAAACUAUUGAAUCCUGAAAAGUUUUCUGUUAAAAUACGGCAGCCAAAAAAACUUUAUUUCAUCGUUAAGUGGUUAUCCUUCCAGAAAAACCAAUCUGAAAUUUAUCUCACAUUUGACAGCAACUUGGAUCUUUACCGAAAACUCAGUUUCUGCAAUGAUUUUUUCCCGAACUUCGUUACAAUGAUCGAUCAUAUAGUUUUCAUGUUCAACUCCUUUUCAGGCGAAAAUGUGGCCUUCGAUAUUCUUAAUCAGUUUUGGUUCUCCUUACCACGUGUGGCACGGAACAGAUGCAGCAUGGUUGUUCUAGGAAAAUCCAUCUAUGCCUUAGGAGGUUGCUUUCAAAAUCUUUCCAGAGAAUUUUAUCCACCUGUCGCUGAAAAAUAUAAUUCGGAUCUGUUGUGCUGGGAACCAAUUAAGCCCAUGGUGUGCAACAUGGUCCACGCUGUUGCUUUAGGAGGAUUCAUAUACGCUCUAGGACAAUGCGAUGCUGGUGGCAGUUCUUGCAUGAUUUUCGAGAAGUAUGACCCGUGGUGCAACAUAUGGCAUCCACUUCCAGCUCCGAAGGUUACGAGACAUAAUUUCGCAUUUGAAGUUUACCAAGGAGCAAUUUUUGUAUUAGGAGGAAUAAAUGAUCAUGACUAUUUGAAUUCAGUGGAAAUAUUUGAUCCCAAUAUUAUUGUUUGGUCUUAUGGAAAAAGGAUGUUAUAUAGAUAUACUUCACCUCGUGUGCACGUCCUGGAAGAUUCGCUCGUGAUUUUCGAUUCCAGCGGAGAAUUUCCAUCAAUUUACUGGAAUGGUAAUGACUGGGAAAGAUACUACAAACUAGCAAAUCCUGACAAGUACCUGUUCUACGGAAUAGAAGACUCUGACACCAUUUCCAAAAUAUGGAGACAGAACGCUGGACAAGAAAAAAAGUGGCAGCAGUUCAUCCAAGAAAAAAUUUUGUAG